CACACACACACACAAAACAUAGACAAGUCUUUUAGCCAUCAUGACUGUACUCAACAAGGAUGAAAACAAUGUGAAUAAUAAAGCGCUUGUUCCUAAUACCAAAGGACACUUUCAUCAUCCAAUAGCCAACGGAAGACAAGACGUGUUAGCCUUAAAGCAACAAUUAGCUGAUGCUUUAGGUGAAAAUGGUCCACUCUAUUGGGAUGCCUUAAGAGAUUUUGUCAUGGGCAAACUGAACAGACAAGAGUUUGAUUUUUAUGCUAAUCUAUACCUGAGCAGACAAAAUGCCCAUCUUCAUAAUGCUUUUAUCUUGAGUACAGUACAUAAUGCACAAGCAAACACACCACCACCUUCUAAACAUCGCCUGGUGGGUUGGGCAAAGAGAAAAAGAGGCAAGGAUGGGCUAACUGUGGACGAAUCUGAACAAGAUCCUAGAAAACGAAAACUCAAAUCUGAUGUCAUGUCACUUAGUAAAUCAGAUCGAGAACGACUAAAGGCGCUUGUGAAGGCAGGUGAAAAGAACAAACUGAGACCGUAUGUAGAUCGGUUACUGGGCCCACGCGUCAGUCGGCCACCUACUUUACCAGUUGCAUUGAGUCAAUUGCCUCCAAACUAUAAUCAAGAAUACUCAAAAGGUCUAAUGGCUCCUUUAUGCAUUGAUUUAAAGGAAUUGCCUUCACCAGAGACAUUGCAUGCUAGAAUGACUAGUAUAGCACUUGAGAAUGGAUUAUUAGGCGGUAUAGGUGAAGAUGUGGUGAAUAUCAUGCUAUUUGCAGCAGAAAACUAUAUAAAAUCAUCCAUUACAAGUGCAAUAUGUAAAAGAAGAAUGAAUAGAUGCAUUGGCGUUAAACAAGCUCAAGAAGAAGAUACAGUUAUGGACACAUCAGAACAAGAACAGUCCUCCAUCACACUGCAUGAUCUUGCAUUUACUUAUCGCAUUACACCCUAUGUACUAGUAGAAAAACCACUAAACGCAGAGAAAUUGACAGCUUUAUUGACUGAAAGUGAGGACGAAGAACUCGUAGACAAUCUAAACGACGAUGAAGAAGAAAGCAAUGUUUCAUCAGAAGACGAUUACUAUUAAUGCGAGCGACGUUUAUUAUUGUAAUUGUUUUGAUAAAGUGAAUUAGAAAACGUAGA